AUACAGCUCGCUGCUUGCUAAAUUCCAUUUUGACGUGUGAUCGGUGUGUACAGUAUAUAUGACUGUGUUACUUUAUGCCGUAUAAAGACGUUAAUCAAACUCAAAUGCUGAAUAAAAGGAAACUGUAUUAGCAUUGCCUUGAUGGCUCACUUUGUCCAGUUGGCAGAUAGCUGACGCAUGUAGCUAGUCAGCUAACAUCUAGUAGCUAGAGAAGCUUGUAGUAUUUGGCCAGCUCUCAGCGCCUCCUUGCAUGCUUUAUUGUCUUAUGUCAACUUGCUACAUUUCUCUCGCCGCCUUGCCUGCCGUUAUGAUGUAGAGCUGGUCAUGGUGGUGAAGAAGAAAGCUCCGACAGUGGACGUCUUGGCUUUGGACAGCGCCAGGCUGGAGAGCCUGGUAGCCUCCCUUUCUGUCGAUGGAGAUGACUCAUCCAGGCAUCUUGCCCAGAUGCUGAAGGACUGUUUGGCUUCCACUGAUCCGGUUCAGCAGAUCCAGUGGAUAUCUAAGGCUGGAUCCAUGCUGGAGCAUUUGAGAGAGGAUGAGUGUUCAGCGGGUCCCCUACUUCUGGCCUGCCUGGACUCUUUGGCCGUCAUAUACACCACACUGCAGCCAAAGAACCCGCUGAAGAGGGCCGUCGCCAAGGCCCUGGGGAACGUUCCGGAGUGGCUGCAGGAGAAGGCCGUGUGCUGUCUGUCUGUGUGCCUGUCUUCGUCCCUGUCCUCUCAGGGUCCGGAGCAUUACCCCCAUCUCACCGACUGCGUCACUUCCUGCCUGGACGCUUUCCCCGCUGGAGAGAAGUGUAUUCAUCGCUUGCUAACAGAAGUCCUCCACUUUUUCCAAAAGGCUGUGAGGGAAUAUUUAGAACUCAACAGGGCUCUGGUCGGCCGGCACGUAGCCCAGGCCCAGCUUAUGCAGUCCUGUCUGGCUGUGGUGAAAGCCUCAAUGCUGGUGGUUCAGAGAUCUCAGGAGCUGAUCGGCGCCGCCCUGCUGGGGACGGCAAGCGCCGGCGCCAUACAGCAGGCGUUCAGUGGACUUCUGCGCUGCUACACUCGCAUCCUGACUGAUGAGGAGUUUGUCCAGGCAGUGCAGAGCACAGCUGGCAUGGCUGUUAUAUUGCUAAUUAGGUCUGUCAUGGGAACGGGAGACGACAUGGCUGUCGUAGUGGCAGGUCUGUUGCAGUGCUCGGGGCCAGAAGGCAACAGUGCCCCCAAGUGGCUAAACGAGAGCUGCGCAGGCCUGUACGUGAGCAGCCGGCCAGCAGCAGUUGCUCUUUAUCUGAGCCAUGGGGCUCUGGCCAUGCUUAGCUGGAGAGGGGGACCACUGGGCCCCCAGGCUGAGAAACUGCUGCUCCUCAUACCUGAUGUGGUCCUGUCUCUGGAUGCAAGCGUGACGGAGUCCAGCAUGGCUAUAGCGGUGGCCCGGAUCCUCGCCCUGUGGGCCAGUGCCGCCCUGGACUGCCUCCAGACAGAUCGCCCUGCACCCGUACUGCGCACCUCGCUCCGUGGGGACUGCCCGAUCCCCGCCCGCCUUAUGCACCACGUAUACGCCCACUGGGAGCACCCGCUGGACGGUGUCCGCCACCAGACGCGCGCCCUGUUCCGUGACCUCCUCUUGCUGCACCAGCGGUGCGCAGACGCCCACCAGGGCGACCCCGCGGGCGACCCGUACAUCACCCAACUCACCCGGAGCAUGCUGGCGCUGGAAUGGCACGUGAAGGGCAAGUAUGGCUCGCUGGCAUGCCUGGCCGAGCAUGUCGGGGCCGAGUACCUUCUCCAGCUCGACGCCGGCCUACCGCCCAGGCUGCUAGGCCUCAUGGGGGAUCAGAGCUUGGCGCCGUAUGCGGGCGAACUCCUGGAGAGGCUCUUUGUCAGCCACAAGGCACAGCUGAACGCCCGGCGCGGGGGCGGGCACACGGCCGCAGGGAUGGACGACUGGCACAGGACCUGGGUGACGCCACUCCUGGAGGUCCUGUGCACAGCCAGGCCAGAUCAGACCACGUACAUCCUGGACUACUUCCUACCCAAGCUGCUGCGCUGUAGCCCCGCUAGUUUGGGCUAUAUGGUCCAGGCCCUGCAGAAGAUGCCGUCCAGCUCAAAGGGAUCUGCAGGUGGCAGAGGAGCACUGGGUGCCUUGAUGACCUGUCUGCGCGCUGCCAGGGCUCAGGGAGUCCUCCGGCCUGCGGACGAGCGGCUCUGGAGCGGCCUGGUGCCCCUCCCUCUGCUGCGCCAAGCUCUGGUGCACAGGCACGACCAGGUGCGCAUGGAUGCUCUGGGUCUGGUGUGCGAGAGCCAUCGCAGCACAGAGACGCUCUCUGCCGAGGAGAUGGAGCUGAUCGGCCACUUCCUGCCCAGCGGCCUGAACAGCCAGUCACCCGGAGUGAGACAGCAGAGCGUCAGCCUGCUGAAGAAGCUGCUGUGCAGGGUGAGGGAUAGUGCCCAGUCGCUGCGCAGGAGACUGGCCCAGGAGAGAGAUCAGCACCAGAGAGAGAGAGACCAGCACAUCCUUCACAAGUACCAGGAGUUCCUGCGCCGGUUCUGUGAGAGGCUGUUCCAGAUGCUGCAGCCUGGAGCCUCUUUCUCCAGGUGUCUGGUGACGCUGCAGGUUCUGGGGCUGGUGGCUGAUCACUUCACCUUCAGCGCGGACCCCGUGGCCUUCGCUCUGGGAGAGUGCGUGACUGGCCCACACAGCCAGGCUGUUUUCGGCUGCCUGGCCAGCAACUUCCUGGAGGUGAAGCAGCUGGCCAGCACGCUGCUGCGCAAACUUCCUCCUGCUGCAGUGGGACUACAGGAGCCCGAGAGGCUGCGGUCCGUGCUCCGGGCCGCCCUGGACCUCAGCACCAGCACCAAGCCUUUCGACAGCGUCACGGCCGCCCACCUGCUCAACCUGCUUCUGCACCAGGACGGCCUCCGACAGGCCCUGCUCCACUGUGCCCAAGAGCAGAGAAUAGCUAUGCAACUGCCAGUACUACUCCAGUCCCAGGCUUCUAAGGCCUGCACCCUGGAGAAGAACACGCUGGCUGUGGUGCUGCUCUUGAUGGAAUGUCUGAAGGCUGACGUAGCGCGGGCGGAGAUGUCUCUGCUGCAGGCUGCUGCCUCCUGCCCCUUAUACGGCCGGGUCCACUGCAUUACUGCUGCCCUGCAACAGCUCAACACUGGGUCUCUCGAGCUGCAGGCUGAAUGGAGGAGUGCAGUAUCAGGCCUCAUUGCUUUAUGCUACAGGAUGUCUGAUGUGGUGUCGCCUGUUGUCCAGAGCUCUUCCCCUGAAGGGCUCAUCCCCAUGGAUACUGACUCCGAAACCUCUGCUGGCUUACAGAGGAUCCUCCAGGAGAUCCAGCCUCGAGACACCAAUGGCUUUUUUACCGAUGUCCGAGAACUAGACUCUUCACCUGAGGAGCAAACAUACACCGAGUCUGGAGGUGAGGCCUAUCGGGUCACUGCGCAGAUGGUGCUGGUGUGUUGCUGGAGGAGCAUGAAGGAAGUGUCCAUGCUCCUGGGGGAGCUGUGUCAGAACAUGCCUCUACACACAGCUCACACACACACCCACGAGGGGCUCAUCACUGAGCAGCAGGUGGAGGAGGUGGGGCAGUAUUUUCGGGAGCAGCUGCUGCAGUCUCGCCACAGGGGCGCGUUCGAGCUGGCCUACGUGGGCUUCGCGCGCCUCACCGACAUGCUGUGCAGGAGCGAUAGUGCCACUCUGCAGCAGCUGCCUGCCCUCUGGCUGACGGAGUUCCUGGCGGAGGUGAAGUGCAGUGACCCCUCCUCCACGCUUUGUGCCACCCGCCGCAGUGCCGGGAUCCCCUUCUACGUCCAGGCCCUGCUGUCCAGUGAGUCCAAGUCGUCCGGCUGCAGCCUGCUGAAGACGACCAUGAGGGAGCUGACCACGCUGGCCAUGCCGAGCCCCGAGCACGCGUCCCACUGCAGCACUGUGCCACAGGUCCAUGCUCUGAACAUCCUGAGGGCCCUGUAUCGGGACACGCGGUUAGGGGAGAACAUCAUGCCCUUCGUGUCGGAGGGCGUGCAGGCGGCAGUGUUGGGCUUCACUGCCCCCACCUGGGCUGUGAGGAAUUCCUCCACUCUCCUCUUCAGUGCUCUGAUCACUCGGAUAUUCGGUGUGAAAAGGGGGAAGGAUGAGCACUCUAAAAAAAACAGGAUGACUGGACGGGAGUUCUUCACUCGUUUUCCUGCCCUCUAUCCUUUCCUCCUUAGCCAGCUUGAAGAGGCUGCCAGUACAGUGAACAGUGACUCUGGGCAUGUGAGGCUUCAGCCCAGUCUGUUCCUGCUAUUGUUGGUGCUGGGCCGUCUCUACCCAUCACCUAUGGACGGCUCCUCCUCCCCUCUGGGCCUGGCCCCAUUCGUUCCUUGUAUCAUCAGGUGUGCCGGGUCCGCUGUGUACCGCACUCGCGAGAUGGCCGCCCGAGCACUGGUCCCGUUCGUCCAGCUCACCUGUGUUCCAGCCACCAUCCGGACCCUACUGGAGGACCUACCCGUGCGGCCCAGUCCAGGAAGCCGGCAGAACCGCAUCCACGGAGGGCUGCUGCAGGUGCUCUUCCUGCUGCGCUCCUACCUCACAGACCCUCAUCGGCCGCAUAUACAAGGGCGAGACUGGCACGUUGAUAUCAUCAGUGCCCUCGUGCCGAGACUGUGGCUGGCCACAAGGCAGAACCGGUGUCUGGUGACAAGAGGUGUGCUGCUGGAUGUCCUUAGUGAGCUGUGUGCAGCACUCCCUGCUGCAGUAGCAGACUGUCAGCUGAAGAACCUACGGAUGGAGACGCUGGCUAUCCUGCUGGAUUCUGAGUUCAUGGGCCCCCGUGGCUCUGAGGAGGUGCACCACCUGGGCCCUGGGGCCCCGCAGUACCUGCUGAGCCUGAGCCGCCUAGCGACCAGCAUUGCCACGGAGACGGCCGGCCUGUGGGCGGGCCUCGGUACGGACAGGGACGGGGCACAAGCAGACCUCCUGAGGCGCAUGCUGGAAUGUCCGCAUUACGAGGUGCGGCAGCUCGUCCUGGAGCGCCUCCUGGAGAGGCUUGAGGCAGACCAGGAGAGCACGCAGCGCACCGACCCCUGGCCUCUGCUCUCCGACCUCAGCACGGCCACAUUAACCUCCUUGGCUUUGCACGAGCCUCAUCCCACAUGCCUGGCCAAGGUUCUGCACGUCCUCUCUGUCCUCCCGUUGCCCUGUCUCUUGCCGUGGUGUGACGGGGCCACUCCUCUGGCCAACGAAGAGGCCCUGGAAAAUCUCCUCUCCGUGGCCGAGACCUCCCCGCACAGCUUGGAACUGCACUGUGCUGCCCUCACCUUGGCCUCUCGACUGAUGGUGCAUCUGGCAGAGAAGAAGCAGCAGGAGGGGCUGGGUGGCACUGUGGUGGGGUGUGCGGGCAGCUGGGGGGCGCUGGUGACCCAGUGCUGCGGCGAGGAGCAGCCAACGGAGGUCAGGCUGACCGCUGCAGAGGUGCUGGUCAAAGCCACGCCCACUCUGCUGACCUCUCCAGCAGCGCCCCUAGGUAUGGCACAGACCCUGGUGCUGUGGCGGAGUCUGUUCACAUUACUGCAGGACGAGGACCAGGAUGUGAGAGACAAGGCUGCCGACUUCGUCUGUUACACACCAGCACACCUCCUCAGCACAGAGGUUGCCACAGGACCAGUCUCUUCCCCUAUCGCCCUGGAGAUGGGGGUGGGGAUUCUGUGCCAGCUGUUCCAGGUGUGGGACCAGGUGGCCAUUGGCAUGACAACCCUGACCAAGUGGCUGCUGGGCAACGACCGGGAGGAGCCCGGCAGCGAGGACACACCCGUGCUGGACUUGGAGUUCCUCUUCGAGAAGGGGGACCUGAAUCUGUGGGUGGAGCCUCUGCAGUGGGCACGCCUCUUGCACCAGCACUUGCUCACCCUGUCUGUGGCGCCGGGCUCGCCCGCCCCAUGCCAGGCGGAGGUGAAGCAUCUUUCCACCGCAGCGGAUAGCCACGCCUGUGCGGUGCAGCGCGCGAUGGACGCCCUCCCCGCUCUGCCCCAGUUCACUGCCACCACAGAGUACACCAAGCUCACCCUGCUGAGCGAGCGGGCCAAGCUGGCUCAGAGCGCGCUAGCGGUGUUUAAGCGCUGAACGGAUUGCAGAAAAAGACCAGACACCUAUCAGGCCCUCUCUUACCUUAAAAGACAUUUUUAAUAACUGAAUGGACUUAAAGGCAGUUUUAUGGUUUCUUUUUUAUUAUUUUUUAUUUUAUUUGUUUUGUUUUUUUACUUUUAGUGGAAAUGGAUGUAAAGUUUUAAGGUAUUUUAAACUCUCUUGAAGUUCUCACAGUGAGUUUAGGAGAUUUUAGUCUGUGUUUGCCACCUGUCAUCCACACCCAUAUAACUGUCUAUAAAUAUUAUGCUUAUUUAAUUAUGUCCUGCCCUACCCUUUAAGAUGAACCCAGGUCAGGACUGUAAACUUUGUUUUAGUAUAUUAAGAAUUUAUUUAAAGGUGUAGAUGAUCGUUCUAAAUGUGCUUCGUUGACAAGUGAGGCAUGACAAACUUUUUUUUUUUUUUUUUUUAAUGAAAAUAAAAAGUUAGUUUUAA